UCAUAGACUACCAAGAAUAUAGAGUGGCUACAGUUAUUUCAAAUACAAAUAAGCUCAGAUGAUUGUUGCCAAAGUAAAUAAUAGUUAAAAAAAAAAUAUUAGUUAAGACAUUAUCAUGCUUUUAAUCAAAACUUCAUCCACCAUAAAGCGAUUACUACAAAAUAUUCGACGAUUUCACGCUUCAAAAAUCUUCAGAGAAUAUGACGGACCCGGUAAAACAACUGUCGAUAUCAUUAAUAUUAAUAAAACUCCAGAGUUAAGUGAUACAAAACAAAGGAAUUCAAUAAAAUCAUGUCUACCGAUAGGAUUUACUUUAAGUGAUGCAUCGUUAUUAUUGGGCCCCAUUGCAGUUUUAAAUGGAACAUUUUUCUCUUGGAACGUUGGUUCUACAAACGACAUAAAUGAAGAAACUUUAUCCUUGUUCACUGUUUUAUAUCCAGUUUUGGAUGUUCUGGUUUUAGGCCUUGAAACUAAAUGCGAAUAUAGUAGAAUUCGUGAAAUAAGAGAAAUACUGCGCAAGUACAACAUUAAAUCUGAAAUAUCCGAAGUGCAACAAGCUUGUGGAAUAUACAAUUUUCUAGCUAAUGAUGGAAGAUAUGUUGCGGCGGGUUUAAUUCCUCCAAUAUCUGAAAGAUUUAAUACCCAUCGAAGAUUAUCCAUAGAAAAUGCUGAAGCAAAAAAGCUGACAGAUCAAUAAAGUAAGAUACUGUUAGGCAUCACGCAUAUAAUUUUGCUAACAUAACCUCGAAAAAUCAAACGUGACGGCAACAGUUAUAACGAUCACGUGCUACGUAUGAAACAUUUUCUUUUUGAGGGUAUAAUUGUUCGGCAGUGAAAAAG